AUGUCGUUACCUGGUGAAGAAAAGGAGAUAAGGAUGCAGCCUUCUUCUCUAGCCUACAACAACAACAACAACAACAAUCACCCUCUCGACAGCCCCGUCGCCACCCCGCCGGAGAUUUCUCCCCCCGACCUUUUCUCCGGCGGAGGAUCAAAGCCGCGGCCCGCCGCCAGCUACCGCGAGUGCCUCAAGAAUCACGCCGCCGGCAUCGGCCGCAACGUCACCGACGGCUGCGGCGAGUUCAUGCCCAGCGGCGACAAUGGAACCCUCGAGGCCCUCAAGUGCGCCGCCUGCGGCUGCCACCGCAACUUCCACCGCAAGGACUCCUCCGCCGCCGCCGCCGCCGGCGAACACCUUCCUCCUCCGCCGUCCGCCGCCAUGGUCCACCCCCUCCAGCUCCCUCCCCCUCUCCCCUCCCCCGCCGCCGCCGCCGCCGCCGCCCUCUGGAGCCCCAUGGCCCAGCCCGUCAAGAUGGCCUUCGCCGCCGGCGGCGGCGGCGGAGGCGGCGGCAGCAUCGGCACCGACUCGUCCAGCGAGGAGCUGAACUACAACCCGUACGGCGGCGCCGUGGCCCCUCCUCCGCCGCCGUUCACGGCCAAGAAGAGGUUCCGCACGAAGUUCACGUCCGGGCAGAAGGAGCGAAUGCUGGAGUUUGCCGAGAAGCUCGGCUGGAGAAUUCCUAGGGAAGACGACACAGAGGUCCAGAGGUUCUGCUCGGAAGUCGGCGUGAAAAGACAGGUGUUCAAAGUGUGGAUGCACAACAACAAAAGCGCCUCCAAAAAACCUCCGGAACAACAACAACAGCAGCAAGAACAACAACAACAACAACAACAAAUCCUCCGAGGAUAA